GGCCUCCAACGCGGGCAGAAGCGCCGGCCGCUGCGGCUACGGGUGGCAACGGUUGCAUCAUGGGCCGGUUGCCGCGGGCUCCUCCGCUGCCGCUGCUGCUACGGACGCUCCUCCUGCUGCUAGCCGGAGGAGUGUCCCUGGAAGCAUAUGCAGCUGGAUCUGAUGAACCUGGCCCAGAGGGCCUCACUUCCACCUCCUUGCUGGAUCUCCUGUUGCCCACUGGCCUAGAGUCAUUUGAUGCAGAGGAGCCCCGUGAGGCCACGGGACUGGGACCUGGCCUGGGAGCCCCUGGGUCAGGCUUCCCCAGUGAAGAGAGUGAAGAGUCCCGCAUGCUGCAGCCACCACAGUACUUCUGGGAAGAGGAGGAGGAGUUGAAUGACUCUAGUUUGGACCUGGGACCCACUGCAGAUUAUGGUUUCCCAGACUUGACUGAGAAGGCAGAUCCCAUAGGAGACACCAGCCAGGGUCAAGAGGUGUCGAGCCUCCCCCCUCCUUUGCCUAAGAUGAACCUGAUGGAGCCACCCUGGCAUAUGGCUCCUGGAGAGGAAGAAGAGGAGGAGGAAGAGCAGAAAGAGGAGGUAGAGAAGGAGGAGGAGGAGGAAGAACUGCUUGUGAACAGAGCUCAAGAAGAAGCUCAAACGCAGGUCUACCAUUUUUCUCCCACUAGCAGCAGCACCCAGACUCCCCUGGCUCCCAAACACAGGCAUAAAGAUGUUGGGGGCCAGACCUCCUCAGAUGUGGAGGUAGGGAGCAGCAUAGAGCCAAGCCUGUCACCACCCUCAGUCACCCCAAGUACUGUGACCCUGGGGGGUCAGGACUUCGCCAGCCAGGAGGCAGGGGGCACAGUGCUACCAGCUGCAGGGCAUGAAAUAGAGUUUGAGGCUCCUCAGGAGGCAAAUGAGAAGUCUACCAUGGGAAUAGCUGUGUUGGCUGGCAAACAAGGGGAAGUGCUGUCCUCAGCCUCAUUCCCUCAAGCCCCCAGUGGAUCUGAGACCCCAGAUGAAGAUCCCCUUUACCCUGGAGCCUCAGCUGCUUUUUCCCAGGCCCCCCAAGACAUGGAGCUGACACCUUCCUCUGCUACCUUGGGACAAGAAGACCUCAGCCAGCAGUCCCAGCAAAGGCAGGCUGCUGAAGCUCAAUCCAGAAUCCCCUGGGAUUCUACUCAGGUGAUCUGCAAAGACUGGAGCAAUCUGGCUGGGAAAAAUUACAUCAUUCUGAACAUGACAGAGAACAUAGACUGUGAGGUGUUUCGGCAGCACUGGGGGCUGCAGCUCCUGGCCCUGGUGGAGGAGGUGCUACCCCGCCAUGGCAGCAGUUUCCAUGGAGACUGGCACAUCUCCCUGAGCAAGCCCAGUGAGAAGGAGCAGCACCUUCUGAUGACCUUGGUGGGCGAACAGGGAGUGGUGCCUACUCAAGAUGUCCUUUCCAUGCUGGGUGAUAUCCGCAGGAGUCUGAUGGAGAUUGGUAUCCAGAACUACUCCACGACAAGUAGCUGCCAGGCCCGGGCCAGCCAGGUGCGUAGUGACUACGGGACGCUCUUUGUGGUGCUGGUGGUCAUCGGUGCCAUCUGUGUGAUCAUCAUCGUUCUGGGCUUGCUCUACAACUGCUGGCAGCGCCGGCUGCCCAAGCUGAAACAUGUGUCACACGGUGAGGAGCUGCGCUUCGUAGAGAAUGGCUGCCACGACAACCCCACGCUAGAUGUGGCCAGCGACAGCCAGUCGGAGAUGCAAGAGAAGCAUCCCAGCCUGAACGGCGGCGGGGCGGUCAACGGCCCGGGGGGCUGGAGUGUGCUCAUAGGGAGCAAGCGGGACCCGGAGGACUCCGAUGUGUUCGAGGAGGACACGCACCUGUGAGGGCAUGAGCCUCCUGCGUCAGCACAAGCAAGAUGGACUGGGACGCACAGUAGCGCUCCCUCCCUCCUAGCUGCCGCUCCCCCACAGCCUGGUUUCCCCCACAACCUGGUUCCGGGUGCUGGCUCCUCCCGCUUCCCCCUCACCCCAAAUAACCUUGGCGUAGUCCUCCCCACCCCCACCCGAUGUCCUGAGGGGCCAGCCCAGGACCCCCCAU